AUGACCCUUUUGUCUCCACCGGGACUCUGGGCACCCCCAGCGGGAUCUCCAGGGGGGCCCCCAGGGGGGCCCCCGGCGGGGGGCCCCCCCUUUCAAACAAGUGACCCUGAAGAACCCCUUGUGCUGCUGCUGCAGCCGGAGAGCCAAAGGGGCGCAGCAGCAGCAAGGUUUCCCUGCACUCCAGACGCAACCCAGCUCUCGCAGCAGCAGCUGCUGCUGCUGAGGCACCAGCCGCAGCAGCAGCAGCAGCAGCAGCAGAGCUCGCAGCUCUCGGAGACUGAGGAACACUGCAUGCGCAGAAGAGGCUCCCUAUUCUCCGCUGCCAGCCAGGACGCUUUCGCCGCUGCUGCUGCUGCUGCCGAGCAGCAACAGCAGCAGCAGCAGCACCACCACCACCACCACCACCGGCAGCAGCUGCUGCCUUUGUGGGAUAAACUCUGUGAGGACUCCCAGGCCUACUCCCAGCAGCAGCAGCAGCAGGAGAUUGUUUGGGCCGUUGAAAGGGCUUUUGCUGCAGAAGAAACAGGACCUGACUUCGCUGCAGCAGACCCAGCAGAAGCAGCAGCAGCAGCUGCUGCUGCUGCUGAUGAAACCCCGCAAGGCGCUAAGAGCCGCAACGGCCCCACAGACAUAGCAGAAACUUCAGCAACAGCAGCAAAGCCACCAGCAGCAGCAGCAACCGUCGCAGCACCAACAGUCGCAGCAGCUGCAGCAGCAGCAGCAGCAGCAGCUGCUGCUGCUGCUGCAGAUGAAUCCGACUGUGACUCGCAAGCCACAGUUGUACUUGGAAGCAACUCGCAGGAGCUGCUGCCGGGUGUACAUACACCUCGCGCCCAGGCCUCUACUGCAGCAACAGCAGCAGCAGCAGCUGCUGCUGCUGCUGCUGCUGCUGCAGGAGCAACUGCAGCGGCAGCAGCAGCAGCAGAGCAGGACGAUGUAGCAGCAGCAGCAGAUCUCCCCGUGACACCCGUAGCUGCGCCAAUCAAUUCAGAAGCUGCCGCAACAGCAGCACCAACAGCAACAGCAGAAGCAGCAGCAACAGCAGCAGCAAAUGCAGCAGCAGAAACGGCAGCAGCGUCCGUGAACCUGCUGUCGCCUCCAGCAGCACCAGCAGCAGCCCCUGCAAAGGCAGCAGCUGCUGCGAACGCAGCAGCAGCAGCAGCAGCACAUUCGGCGGGUCCUUGGGCGCCAAAGGAUGCAGCAGCAGAAACAACUGCAGCAGCUGCAGCAGCUGCUGCUGCUGCUGCAGCCUCAACUGCUGCUGCUGCUGCAAGAGAAACCCAAGCGCAAGCACCGCGCGCACCCCCACCGCAGGAACCGCUGCCGCAGUCGCAGCUGCAGCAGCAGCAGCCGCACCAGCAGCCGCAACAGCAGCAGCAGCAGCAGCAACAGCAACAGCAGCUGCAGCAGCUGCAGCAGCUGCAGCAGCAGCAGCUGCAGCAGCUAGGAGGUCUGUCUCCUUUAGGGCUGAGUGUGGCUGAUUGGGACGACCUGGAAGAGGCCCUCGAGUUUGCCUUAUCCCAGGCCAAGGAAGAGAGCCAAGCUGUGGGGGCCCCUGCCUCUGCUGCUGCUGCUGCUGCUGCUGCUGCUACUGCUGCUGUGUCUGCGAAGACCGACGCCUGUAGCAGCAGGGGUGCCCCACAGCUUGGUGCAGCGGCCGCUUACUGGGGUCAAAGCCAACAGCAACAGCAGCAGCAGCAGCAGUACUACCAUGCUAUGCAGAUGCAGCAACAACAGCAGCAGCAGCAGCAGCUGCAGCAGCAGCAGCAGCAACACCUGCAGCAGACAUGGCUACGGGAGGUCCCCUUCGACCACACAGGCACGGCAAGCCGCGGCCCCCCGCACCAGUUGGACCCUCAGUAUCAGCAGCAGCAGCAGCAACAGCAGCACCUGCAGCAGCAGCAGCAGCAGCAGCAGCAGCAGCAGCAGCAGCAGCAGCAGAGAUUGUGGGAGAGCAGCAGCUCGUCAACCCCUGUGAAGAGACUGGCCUCUUCUCUGAGUGCAGUCCCUCAAGGGUCUCUUUUGUCUGUCUCCAGCGGUCCCACACCUUCGCCCCCGAAGCAGCAGAAGCUAGCAGCAAAACAGCAGCAGCAGCAGCAGCAGCUAGGCGCAGCUCAGGACAGCAGGGGCUGCUCUCAAGCGGAGCGCCAGCAGCAACAGCAGCAGCAGCAGCAGCAGCACGGCCCUUGCAGCAACAGUAGCAGCAACAACCGCACAACCGACAACACCAGCAGCAGCAGCAGCAGCAGCAGCAGCAGCAGCAGCGAUGACUGGCUGUCGGAUGCUGCUUUCCUGCAGCAGCUGCUGCCGCCCGAGGGCGCCGCGCAGCUUUUCGGAGAGGAGACAGAUGAGAUAAACUGGGGGCCCAUUUCUUAG